CCUCUAUCCAGCUCUGGGGGGAUUUGGUUGUGAAGGCUUCCCCUCCAGCUCUGGGGGGCUUUAGUUAUUGAUGAUUGGUUUUUGGUUGGAUGUUUUCUGAAGUCUUUGGCUGUCAUACGGGGUUCACCAGCUCAAGAAGUUUCUUGGAGGUGGAAAACAAACAGAAAAACACCACAUCUGGGGCGGUGUGGCUCUCAGCCUGAUCUGAGGCACCUAGGAGCGGGAUCCUCUGUGUGCCUGUAGGUGAGCCCAGCCAGGCUGGGCCAGGUCUGUCUCAGAGGGCACAGGGAGAUGCUGCUGCAGGGUGGAGAGCUGCUGAGUGGUUUGGGUUUUGGAGAGAAAAGGAGCCCACUUCUUGGAAACAGCUGGGCUGGCUGCCUGCAUCCCGUUGCCCUGUGCUACUCGGCCUCCACAGAGGAAGUGGGGGGCUGCAGGGAGUUUGCUUCACAGGGCCACGUUGUAGCUGCCUGCUUGGCUUCUUAUCAGUUGUUCACUUGUUCUGCUAACACAGCUUCUGGAUACUUGUGGAGCCUACGGGAAGAGAUAGUUUUAGGUUGCAUUUGUACAGUCAUUGAAGCUCAUGCUGCCUACCUGCUCCUUCAUGCCUGCACCUGUGUUGGCUCUGAUGCUUGUCUGACACUUGCAGGAAGCAGCUUCUGGGUGCUCAUCCUUCAGGAAACUAGAUCAGCAGGAAAUCAUCCCUGGUACUGGUUUAAAGAGAAGAUUGAGAGCCAGAAGCAGGAUUUCAUGGUGAAGAAGAUGGACCCUAGUAGAAUUUCAAAAGAAGAUGCACACUGUGUCAGAAUGCUUUUCAGAUCUCAAGAAAGUAUAGACUUGCAAGACACGCCCUUUGAAAAUCAGGAGGUGAAGUUAAUGCCAGAAUCAUGCAGAAGGAUGAAGCAGGCCCUCCAAAGAGCUGUGCAGAAGGAAGUCCAGCGUAUUCUGGGAAAAGAGCCACCAAGACCAGAAAAAGCUGCAAUGGAGGCAAUAGGAAUGGAACUGUACAGGAGAAAUAAGCCAGAGAAGCAACCUUUUGCCCAUCUCAUUAUUGAUGAUAAGAAUAUUCCAACUGGAACUCGCAAAGUGAACCUUACAUCCUGGCAUCAUGACAAAGGCCAGGCAAACUUAUCAAAUAUGACGUUCAGUGAUGGGAAACUGAUUGUUAAUCAAGAUGGAUUUUACUACCUUUAUGCCAACAUUUGUUUUAGACAUCAUGAAACUUCAGGAAACCUGACUAAAAGAGGGCUUCAGCUGAUGGUGUACAUGACUAAGACAAACCUUAAAAUAAGGCGCUCUGAUGUGUUGAUGAAGGGAGGAAGCACCAAAUACUGGUCAGGGAAUUCAGAAUUUCAUUUUUAUUCUGUAAACAUAGGAGGAUUUUUAAAAUUAAAAACUGGUGACAUGAUAAGUAUCCAGGUAUCAAACCCAUUGUUACUGGAUUCAUCACAAGAAGCAACUUACUUUGGGGCAUUUAAAGUAAGGGAUUUAGACUGAAUCUUUUAGUGUGUUGAAAUUCUGGGGGGAUGGGGGUUUGUGGUCCAGACACAACUUGAAGACAGCUGAAAAUCUUUUGCAUCCCAAUUGCAUCUGUAUAAAACAUAUAUCUCUAAAGACACAUUUUGCCCUGUACUGAUUCUAGCAACAGUUUCAUAAAUCAAGGAUAUAAUUAUAUAGAUCUCCCGAUUCAGUCCUAUACUAAUUUUACUUCCAAUGUCUCUAUUGGCUUUGGAAGAAUCAUUAUGAUUUUACGUUGGUUUAAGUGAAAGCAGAACAAUUAAUAUUACUGAAUUUGUUUCUACAUCCUGUCCGGACUUUCUAACCUGUGCUACUCUUGCCAGUUUUGGCACAAACAGGGCAGGGCAGAAACUGGCUUCCAGAUUGCAUUCAGUGCUCAGAUUUGCUUGGGGCUGAGCAUUCUGACCCUGAGACAGCAAAAAUUGUGAACGUAUGACUAAUUCCAUUGCAUUUGAUGUGGUUUUUCACAUGUUUAGUUAAGCAGGUUCUUGCUUUGCUGGAUAAAGGUUGGAGCCUUCAAGCCAUGGCAGAAAUGAGUUGUACAACACCUAAACAGUGCAAAUUAAGUUUUUAUCUGACUAAAAGGGCUAUUCCAGGAAGGGGGAAGAUCAUCUGGCCUUGCAGUUCUAAAAGGUUAAUUGCAGGUCAUUCUUAUUGUUGCACAGCUAAUUGCAAAUACAGAUUGCCAAAAUACAGUAUGCCUUUAAAGUAUUACAUUGUGCCAGAACCUGCAAAGACAUUUUUUAGACAAAAAGUAUGUAUUUUUAUAUUCUGUAAUAUCUAAAGUUAUAUUUCAGGUGUAAUGUUUUGUGUAAAGAAAAAAAAUGUAAAUUAUAUUGUCCUAUAGUAUUUGAUACAAGAUAUUUAAAUUCUCUUGCUGUUUGUAUAUUUAAUGUUUUAUACUGUUUUUAAUGUACAGACAUGUUAAACUAGUGCACUUUUUAAUCCCAAUGGGAAAAAUUGCAGCUAAAAGAGGUUGUUUGCAAUUAGCAAAUGUAAUAUAUCUUUGUUCUUUUUAACUUAAUAGAUUUCUGUUAAACUUGUCAGUAUUACUGGGAGGAGAGGAGGGAAUUUCACAGCAAAGUCAUGAGUAAUCACACCAGAAUGCUGGUCACUGGGUGCCUUUCCAACCUGGAGGAUAAUUAACAUUACAAAGCUGGCAUGACAUUUAAAAAAAAGAAAAGCCACAGAAAUAUACUGGGGGUAUUUAUAGUUACUAAGCAGGCAAGUUUUCCUACAAUGAAUUCUGCAAGUUAUAAAUUCUGUAAUGACAUUUUUUUUUUUAGCCUACUUUCCUGAAGAAGUGAAGCUUUACGUCAUUGCAUUGCCUGUCCUUUUCUCCCCUUGUAGCUUUUGAAACUCUGUGCCUUUCUGCCAGGUUUGGCAGAUGAAUGGCAGUGUUAAGAGGUAAUCUUACAGGAUUUAUGUGAGAACUGACAGCUGAGAACAACUCAGCCAUUUUACAUUAUUUGUCAGUGGCUGGCCACUGUUCAUAUUAGCCAACAAUUUAAUAUGGGGAAACUUCUAGCUAGCCGCUACAUGUGUUGUUUCUUGUAUAGUUGCUUGGCUAAAAACGGUAGGUGAUAGGAAUCUGAGGGUGGGUAUGGGGAACAUGGGGGUUGAGCUGCAGAUACUACCGGUGAUAUUUAGGGUACAUCUAGGCAGGGGACAGCAGUUGGUGAGGAUGAGAGAGGCUUUAGGAGUAUUUGAGUACUCUUAGGAUGAUGUGUGGAAAGCCUACUCUUCAAUGCAGGAGUCACAGAAGGCAAAAGGCUCAAAUCUAUAAGAAAUGAGGCUUCAUACAAAUCCUCAGACUUCUUUUUAUAAUUAACGGAUUUGAAUUCAAGCAAUUAUUUUAUACUGUGUAAUAAACAUUUCUUUUUAAUGUUAA